GUCAUUUGUUAAAAUUACAUAGCUAUUUCGGUACUGAUCCAAACUUAAGUGACACUUAUCAGUCACCCUUAUUUUUAGAGAAAAUCCAGGAAAGCCGUUCAUUCCCGGGAAAAUAUGAGAAAGGAAAGAGAAUCAAUCCAUAUCAGUCUGUGUCGGUCACUGGCUGACGAUCGCUCAGAGCCAAUAAAAUCUGGUGUUCGUCAACCCCAUGGCUAACCGUUCCUUACUCUCCUCUUGUUGCUCCAAUCUCCCGCCAUUGAAACUACCCAGUGCCACAACUAGUAGACUCACCCGCUCUUCUUUAUUUUGCUGCUCAUCUUCCAAACCCAAUAAUGGCAACAACCAAAACCCAAUUUCCUUUACUUGCUUACAUUUCAAGCCCAAGCGAAAGCUUCCCAUGUCGCACCAUCAGCACUCGCUCCUCGCCUCUGGAGAUCACAAGCUGAGGUUCAAUGUCGAGUGUUCUGCUACUGGAGAGGAUACAGAUUCGCUUGUGGAUCAGGCGACUUCUGAAGAGUCUUUUCCAUGGACUUCUGUAAUCUUGCCGUUUGUUUUCCCAGCCUUGGGAGGUUUGCUAUUUGGAUAUGACAUUGGUGCUACUUCUGGUGCUACUAUAUCGUUGCAGUCACCUGAACUUAGUGGGACAACUUGGUUCAGUUUUUCAGCUGUGCAGCUUGGCCUUGUGGUCAGUGGUUCUCUUUAUGGAGCCCUUCUUGGCUCCCUCCUUGUUUAUCCGACUGCAGAUUUUCUGGGAAGGAGGAGGGAAUUGAUAAUAGCAGCAGGGCUAUAUCUGCUUGGAGGAUUCAUUACUGCUUCAGCUCCAGGCCUUGGUGUUCUUUUAGUAGGACGUCUCCUGUAUGGUCUGGGCAUUGGCAUGGCAAUGCAUGGUGCUCCACUCUAUAUAGCAGAAACAUGUCCAUCACAGAUUCGUGGAACUCUGAUCUCGCUGAAGGAACUCUUCAUAGUUCUGGGGAUUUUGCUGGGAUAUUUUGUGGGUAGCUUUCAAAUCAAUGCAGUUGGAGGUUGGCGUUACAUGUUUGGCCUAAGUGCCCCUGUAGCUUUGCUAAUGGGAAUCGGGAUGUGGAGUCUCCCAUCCUCUCCCCGCUGGUUGCUUCUGAGGGCAGUUCAGGGUAAAGCACCAUUACAGGAGUGCAAAGAGAAGGCCAUAUUAGCACUUAGCAAACUCAGGGGCCGCCCUUUAGGUGAUAAAUUUUCCGAAAAGGAAAUUGAAAGAAAUCUUAGCUCUCUGAAGUCGAGCUAUGCUGAUGAGGAAUCUGAGGGAAGUUUUCUAGAGGUGUUUCAAGGAUCAAGCUUGAAAGCCUUCAUUAUUGGUGGCGGGUUGGUGCUUUUUCAGCAGAUAACUGGGCAACCAAGUGUCCUCUAUUACGCAGGUUCAAUUCUCCAGACUGCUGGGUUUUCUGCCGCUGCUGAUGCAACACGAGUUUCUGUCGUCAUUGGUGUAUUCAAGUUUCUGAUGACAUCGGUCGCCGUCCUAAAAGUAGAUGAUCUUGGACGAAGACCCUUGCUGAUUGGAGGCGUUAGUGGAAUUGUUGUUUCCUUGCUUCUGCUGUCUGCUUAUUACAAAUUUCUGGGGGCGUUCCCCAUUGUAGCUGUUGCAGCUUUGCUUCUCUAUGUGGGUUGUUACCAGAUAUCAUUUGGGCCCAUUAGUUGGCUAAUGGUGUCAGAAAUUUUCCCUCUUCGCACCAGAGGAAAGGGAAUUAGUCUUGCAGUUCUGACAAACUUCGGCUCAAAUGCUCUCGUAACAUUUGCAUUCUCACCAUUGAAGGAGUUUCUCGGAGCUGAGAAUCUUUUCCUUGUUUUCGGGGCAAUAGCCGUUGUAGCACUCUUGUUCGCUAUAUUUGUCGUCCCAGAGACCAAAGGCCUGAGCUUGGAAGAAAUCGAGUCGAAAAUCUUGAAGUGAAAACCUCUGAAACUAUCUCCAAUCCAUAAAUAAGAGUCAGGCAGUGGCGUGUGUUGUUGUUUCGAUAUGGCUUUGUAUUGAAUGUAAAACAAAAACUUCUGAUUCUAUGUCGUCAACAGAACAGAUGACUGUUUGUCAGAGAAGUGCUUUCUCUCUGUUUCCUUGUUACUGAAGUAACACCCAAAAGCUCACCACAGAUAAGAAGCAUUAUAGAACUGAACUAUGACCUCCACAGACUAUCAACUUCUGAAUUCAUGGUACACUAACGACCUGUUGUGAUGAUUGAAUCCUGACUGCAGAAGGAAUUGAUAGAAGACCUACUGUAGCUCCCAAAGUCGGCGAAGUAAAGGUCAGAUCUCUCACUGUAGCUCCAAAAGUUGCUUACUCCAGCACUUUCCAGUGAUAUCUCGGGCAAUCUCGCGUCCCCGUGCAGGUACUGCAUCACUUCCCUCGUACUAGGACUUAAUGCUGACUCAUGAUGUGGACACACGGCCCUAAUUUCAGAACACCAUUUCCUCCCUGUCGUAGGUGCCCUGCAACCUGGAUCCACAGCACUAAAAAUGCCGUCUUGUUGUCAGCACUUUACAACCUAGUCCACCAGAAUCACCCCCUCGGUUACUGCUUCAGCCUAUACAGGCCGACGUCCACAGGCUACCUCCAACAUGAGCGACAGUUUCUGCUACUGGAGUUGCCUUCAAGUCUGGUAAGCUCUGGAGCUCAAUAAUCCAGUUACGUUCCUGCUACUUGUGUGGUUUUUUCAAUUUGUGCCUUGUUCAUGCAACCUAGCCAGGCCAAAAUCUCCCACUCUUCCAUUGCGAUUGGCAUCUAAAAGAGAUUGCUAGAUUUUAUGUCACUGUAAAUCACAACUUGUUCUAGCUCCUAGUGGAGAUACAAAAGUGCAGAUGCCGCUACUCGUAUGAUCCUCUGCCUCUGAGGCUAAUUCAAAGUUGGCUUCUUUUCAUCAUCCUUGAACAAAAACUGAUCAAGGCU